AUGCGUAGUCCUGCAGGCAUGCCAAGUCUAGAUGGAGUGCUGAUCAGUCAGUUCGCCGUUCUUACGCUGAGCGAGAACAGAAGACUUGCGCGGGCUGACAUGUCGACCGACCCUGGCUCAGGGUUUCAGCAGUCUCGUGUUGAUACUGGCGGCAGCGGCGGCGGCGGCAGGCGAGCUGACAUGCACGUCCUGCUACGGUUUAAGAGAUGCUGUGUCGACAACAAUGGCAGCUCUCAGGUUGAGGCCGAUGCUUCUCUCAGCAACGAGGUACGCGAUAAUCGUUCACCAUUAGCGAUGAUACAAGUUUACGACUUACAUGUGGCUACUUCCAGGCGUCUUCCGACUGUGCAGAACGCCUGUCGAGGUCACCUGGGCGGUGCUGGUCAAGUAGCAAUUGUUCCGGCAUCUGUCAUCGUCCGUUUCCACGCCGCUGUGAUGACACGGCCUCGGACUAUAUAUGGUUACACGACAGGCCAUCCCGCCGGGAUACUUGUCCUCGACGCGUACAACAAAGGAGCCGUGCACCCGAAAGAAGAGGGUGAGAAGCGAACGGCCUUGAGUCUCGCCUCGCGUAUCGUCAGCCCUCUCGCGCUGGAAGCCUCGGUCAACAUGGCCGAUGAUCUGCUCAGAGUAACCUGA